AUGAACUAUUCCUCCAUAGGAACAGCUCUACAUGGCAUAGACUUCUGUGAAGUUGUGGUCUCCAGCAUUUGGGCAGAGAUGACCCCCAGGUCAGGUCUAGCCCACAUGUUGCCACUCUACUCAAAGGAAGUCAGGGGCUAUGGUGUGAUGCACUCAUUCCCCUCUUCUACUGGCCACAGGUUCCUAAUUAAAAUGAAGGUCACCAGAACCUGUUUAUGGUCCAUACAUAAAACAUCAGGGUGUCGUGCAGGCAUGACAAUUACUGGCUAUUACUAGUCUGACCUGGGAUUAAUGUUAUCCUGAAGACUGACUACAUUGGAACAUUACUUAAUAAUGUGCUGGUGUUCCUAAACGGUGGCAUUUAAAUUAGCACAUUGAGUAAGCAAGAGAAGACUUCUUUGCAGGGUAUGUGCAAUUAGAUAUGCUGGAAUUUUGUAACAUCUGUCAAACAAAGUAUCACAAUUAUUUGUUUACACUAUAUGUUCCCCAGACGUGACUUGAUUUCCUCCUUUUGAUCCAUGCUUGCAUUUAGCUCAGCCCUGACACACAUUUGACAUGACACAAACAUCCAGGUCAUCUGACAUGGGAAGUGCUUGCAACACCAGGCAUAUCUCUGGUUACAGGAACAGUCCUGUCUAAAAGAGAUCUCCAGCACUGCAGUCAAAGAUACCUGCCUACUGGGGUUCAAUCAACACUGCUGUUGUAUAAAGACACUGUCAGUGUUUUCGGGUUUAGUUUAAAAUUCAGUUAUUCAUUUUUUUCUAACUGACAUAAAAUCCAGUAGGAAGAUGUAUGACUAACACUUUACUUAAAGUCAAUAGGUAUUAUGCUUGUAAUAAUGAUAUAUUAUUAAAAGGCUUAUCAUACCGUAUUUCUAAGCUACAGUUUUUUAACCGACUGUAAAUGGCUGUUAAAGUUAGACAUUAUUACAUGAUACGAAUACAUUUUAUGUGAGUGUACAUGCUUCUAAAAGUCUUGCAAGGCAUUAUAGCCCCAUCAAAACACAUUAUACCUGUUGUAUACACGAUAUUAUGUUUAACAAGAACAGUCAUGUCACUAGCAGUUUUCCUCUUUUUGUGUUCUGUUUCCUCUCAGUGUAAGAAAAUAACAAGUAUGGUUUGUGUACUGUGUAUAGCAUGUACAUGUUGUCUGUAGCAACUAAAGAGAGCAUUAUGUGUGACAUAUCGCUUUCUGUCCUGAGGGCGUGUAGGGGCACAAGUGUCUUAAAGUCCCAUCAAACGGAACAUUUGUCAUUACACAGCCAGAGGAGCCAAGGAUAAUGUUUCUCCAUGUUCUUUUUGAAAACCACUACCGGAGUGUGAGGCACAAGGCCAUGGCUCUUUAAUUAGUGGCAGGGCAGGCUAGCAGCCCUGGAAAAAAGAAAGGAGGAGGGGCAGCUUUUUGGCCUCCCAUCAGGAUUUUUUUCCCUACUACAUGGAGAAAGCUUUUAGGUUCUGAUAUUAAAUGCAAAAUACAGCACCAGAGGCUACUCGUCAUCAGAGGAUUGUGUCUCAUGUUGGUGGAAAUUUGUCAAUUAACAAAAUGGAGGAUAUCUAAUCGUGCUUUUAUAACUGGCUCCCUGCCUCGGACCCUCUUCACUUUCACUCAUGUUCCUGUCUCUUGGCUGUGUUACAGGUCCAGCAGCAGUAGCCAGCCGGGGCUAGCCGAGCAUUUCCUGGCUUUGAUGCGACCCGAUUGUGCCUGGAGCAUGUCCACAGCGGGCCUGACUGCCAAGGAGAUCUGUUUACCUGCAGACAGCCCCUUCCUGCGGGCCAGUCACUGUCUCAGCAUGGCUGGAGCCAAGCCCUCGUGGAGCCACCACCAUGAGCUGGACAAGUAAGUCUCCCACGUGCAGGGUUGGAGUAACUGAUGACAUGUAUUCAGUUACAUGUAAAAAUGGAACUAAUUAGUUAUGUUACCAGCCAACAAUAUUGUAAUCAGAUUACAGAUACUUUUGAAAAACUAGAUGAUUACUUCUUGGCUUACUUUUCAAUUCAGAAAGGAUGUUUGCAAAAAAAAUACAUUGACACCUUUCUCAAUGACAUUCAAUUCUGUAUUGAAAAAAUUUGCAAGUUUAAGUUUGUUAAACCUGAACGAGUCUGACCACAAGUCGGAGACCACUAUGAUGACACGCCAAAUGUGUUUGAUGGAUCCUUUUUGUCUUCUUCUAAUGCCUCUUAAAGGGAAAGUAAUCCAAAAGUAACUGAAAGUAAUCAGAUUAUGUUACUGAGUUUGGGUAAUCCAAAAGAUACAUUACUGAUUACAAUUUUGGACAGGUAACUAGUAAAUGUAAUGGAUUAUGUUUAGAAAGUAGCCUACCCAACCCUGCCCACGUGUGUCCCGUUACUAGAAUAAGAUUUUUAUUACAGUUAAUAUUUUACCAAGGGUAUUCCUGCAGGGAUGGUUGGAAUUAUUUUAACUACAUGUAGCUGGGACAAUUACUCAACAAUGUGCGUCAUGUCAUUUUACAGCUUGUACUUCAGUAUGGAUGCAGCACCCACGGAAUACAACUUUCAAUUUCAGCAGCAGGUGCCACCAUCGCUCAAUUCUGAGAGUAAGUACUGGACCCAGUCACUGUAGAUUCUAUUACUAUUUUACCAACCACCACUUACACCCACAAUCCUUCCAUUUGCCCUCUGCCUUACAAGGAGGGAUUUAAUACUAUGCCUCUGAGCCAACUGGUCAAUGUUUACUGGGAGGUUUUCCUGUUUCUAUAAGAAUAGAAAGCCAGAAUGGCUGCCAAGGGCCUGACCUGCUCUAAAUAUAUCCUGGGGAAUGUUUAACAAAACCCUGAGAGGAGAAGUGCUUUCAAGUAAUUAAGGUGUGCCUCUCUGUUGACCUCCACUCUUCCAGGAACCUUUUAACCUAGAGACCCUGCUGGGAGCCUGGCAAAUGUUAAUUAGUGAUGUACUAUGGUUGUAAUUGUUACCAAAUGCCAAUAUUGGUUUUCUAACCACCUUCUCUCCUCUCUCUACCUCUGCAGGACAGAAACAUAGCCCUGGUGCACAGCGAUUACCCCCAAAGAAGUCCCGUCCAACCAAUCUGUCCCUGUCAUCCAGCGCUGAGCCCUCCACCCCUAGCCCUGCUGAGGAUGACCAGGUGGUCCCGUCCUUCCAGAGGUUGUCUGUGUACGAACGCUGCAGUCCCCCACACACACCUAGCCGGGGGGCCAAGCCCCUGCCCCCUCUCCCUGGGCGGGCAGACCUUUCCCCUGACCAGGCCAUGGACAAUGAGGUGGAGUUCUUCACCAGUUCAGAUGACAGCCGUUGCUUGGUGCCUGAGCAGUGUCUCCCUAAACCCUCUGCCUUCCGCUACGGAGCCCCCAGCCGCAGGAGCUUCAGGCGCUGUGGACAGAUUAACUAUGCCUACUUUGAGGGCCCAGUGGGGCAGCAGAGACCACAGGAACAGCAGGAGCAGCAGCGGAUACAGGAGCAGCAGCGACAACAGCAAGAGCAGGAGCAGCAACAAAGAUUGGAGCAGGUAGAGCAACAGCCAUCGGAGCAUCCAGUGUGUCCCAGACAGCAGGACCGAGCCCAGAGGAAGCUGCGGCGCUCUCAUUCCGGCCCUGCUGGCUCCUUCAACAAGCCGACGUCCCUGCGCCUGUCCUGCCACCACCGCUACACUCAGGGCAUGGACAAACCAGAAGUACCCCCCCGCGUGCCCAUCCCCCCACGUCCCAACAAGACUGCAGACUACCGCCGCUGGUCAGCCGAGGUGUCCUCUGGGGCCUACAGUGAUGAGGACAAGCCUCCCAAGGUGCCCCCCAGGGACCCUUUGUUGUCUCAAGGCAGCUCCCGUACCCCCAGCCCCAAGAGCCUCCCCUCGUACCUCAACGGUAUUAUGCCCCCCUACGCAGAGCUUUGCCCCAGACCCCAAUUACGUGAGCCGGGUUUUACAGAGGCAGAACAGCGAGGGGUCUCCCUGCAUCCUGCCUGUCAUGGAGAACGGCAGGAAGGCCAGCACCACACACUACUUCCUGCUUCCACAGCGGCCUGCCUACCUGGACAAACCUUACUUGGAGAAGUUACUCCGGGAUAUGGACUGCCCGGCAGGUCGCAGUAGAGGGGCUUCAGACCCAGAGUGGGAUUGUCAGACCAGGAGGAACGCACAGGUGGAUUUAGUUUGACCUGGAGGAGACGAGUUAUGGAAGGACUCCACUGGACACGAGCAAACAACCUCUGGGCACAAAGUGCCUCAGGACACUGAAGCCUUCAAACGCUUACUGCUGCUUUAACACUGACGAGGUUGGUAGUUUUACCUCAGUAUUCUAAAAACACAGGGUAUUUGACAUACCAUUUAGUUACUGGGACUUUUGGAAUUGCAAUCACAACACAUGAUCUAAAUGUUGUCUCUUUAACUAUUGAGUGUGUGUGGGUGAUAUUUAACAAUUUAGAGUGAUUAUUUUUUUAUAUAAUUUCAGUACAUUGAGUAUAUGUAAAUGUUUUGCUGAUACAGUGGUUCAGUUUGAGGGUAUAAGCAGGACUUGUGCCUCAUGUUCUCAGUGUUGUGUGUCUCACAGGUAGAGGACAUUUUGUGA